CAUCGGCAGCAGCAGCACAGGAUAGCAGCUGUCUACCUGACUAGAAUACCAAAGCCACUGAUCUGCUAGAUCAGCAUCAUCGUCUAAAACCACAGGAGUGUCAGGCUGUAAAGCUGCAGCGUCCGCGGUGGAGAUCUCUAAUCAUCCGGUAGCAGUCCCUGAUGGGACAGAAACCAGCCAAAACUGCAACAAAUCACAACAUUGACUAGAGGGCUGCAAUUCCUCAUAGAGGGACCUGAGGUAGAGGAGCCGGGAGAAGAGCUGUACAGGGUGAUUUUCAACUGCUCCCUCUAUCUUUCUAUAUAUCCUUUACUGUCUUUUUCUUAGAGGAUCCUUAUCCUUUCUCUCUCUUCUUCUUUCUCUCAGUACGGGAAUGGCAGGUUUCUAGGUCUCUGCUGCAUUAACAGGCAGCGCACAGAGACAGCAGGGCGCUGAGCGGACAGCUUGGGGAACCUGAGGAACGGGAUAAAGCAUUGCAAACGACAGAUUUAUCCACCCUUCUCUUCUACCUCCACCACCCACCCCUCCUUUUCUCUAAGCUCCAGGGUUAUUUUUUCUUCUUGUUGCCAUCAAUUGAUUUUGUAUUUUUCCCCACUGGAGAAUAGCAAGCAACUGAGUGCUGGGAGUGGGCUUGGAUUUUCUCCAAAACAUAAAAGGAGAAUCCCUUGUGAGGGGGGAUGUUGUAGACAGCGGGGGUCUGGAGAGGGAGCAACGACACACCCAGGGCUGAUCUCUCUUCUCUCUGAUGGGAGGGACAGGUUUCUGGGGCUGGCUAGCUGACUCAGCUAAGGCGAGAGAAACCCAGGAUCCUAUCUGCCUUGCCUGCUGAGAGGCGGGAAUCAGAACCACCCCUGCAAGUUUUUCUCAACAGCAUCCAUAACAAAAACGCCCCAUCUUGGAAUAUUGACGGUGGAAAAGAGAAAGGGUGUGAAAUAGAGAGGUCUGGGUUUGAUCAGUGUGCAGGUGCUGCGACAAGGUGUCUUCACAGACGGAUUUACAGCUGUUUGUCCCUCACUGUCUCCUUUCUAUUCUCCUCUUCAUCAGUUAUUUUUGGAUUGUCCUUGGAGUUGGACGUCUGGGUUGCUUUUGGACAGGACUCAAACUGGACAAAAGAUCAUUCCGCAUCUACAUCAGAUUGUUUCACCUCUGUUGUGCGUCUCUGAGUUUGUCUGAGUGUUUGUCUGUAAGUUUCUGUGUAUGUAUGUGUUUGUGACCAUCUCAUUGUGUGUGUUUCCUUCUCGAUGUCCGGCAUUGCCGGCUGCCAUUCUGGCUCGUGCUUCCCAUGCCUGUCAUGCACCUGGCCCCAAGAUUAACCCUUGCUAAGCCGUGCGCAGGAUGAGCGAGAGCUCCAGAGCAGUCACAUCCGGGGCGGUGAUCCUGGAGGAGUGUCCAGAGGGGAGUAGGGAGCGAGAGCAGGCCCAAGGCCAAGAGCCAGGGCCCCUGCGCUGUGGAGGCUGCACCGUGUGGCCCCGCCAGCAGACAUGGCUAUGUGUGGUCCCUCUGCUCAUAGGCUUCAUUGGCUUGGGACUAAGCCUGAUGCUGCUCAAAUGGAUUGUGGUGGGCUCUGUUAGGGACUACGUGCCUACAGAUCUGGUGGACGCUAAGGGUAUAGGACAGGACCCCAUGUUUCCCCCCCAUCUCUCCAAGCCCAGCACCUUCCCCAAGAACUCAGACACUACCACUACUACCAUGGCAAACCCUACCUCAACCACUGUCACAGUGGUGAGGGGCAGAACUCAAACUGUUGUCGCACACCACCCCAGUGGCACCACUACUACCGCCAAGGUGGGUAGUGCAUCAGGCAGCCAAGUUACACCUCGCAGCACCACACAACGCCAAGGCAACUCUGGGGGCGGAGGACCACAAGGCCCUGUUAUUACCACAACCACCGCUGCGCCAGUUGCCAUUUUUACCACCUCCAGCACCUCUCCUUUUAACCCCACCGUGCUGCAUGACUCCACAGAAAUGUGGACGCACAAGCACUCCAUGGAGAGGCCUGCCACCACCCCCACACGGACCCAUGUGAACCGAAAAACAUCGUCACCCACCAUUCCUCAAAUGCGCUCAGAGCAUUUCAAGCAAUGUCACGUGAAGGACCUGGCCUACUGCUUGAAUGAUGGAGAAUGCUUUGUCAUCGAGACGCUGAGUGGCCCACACAAACAUUGCAGGUGUAAAGAAGGCUACCAAGGUAUACGCUGCGACCAGUUCCUGCCGAAGACUGACUCCAUCUUAUCUGAUCCGACAGAUCACUUGGGCAUUGAGUUUAUGGAGAGCAAGGAGGUGUACAAGAGACAAGUGCUGUCAAUCACCUGCAUCACCGUGGGGAUCAGUGUUCUGGCUAUUCUCUGUAUGGCUCUCUACUGUCGAAACAAGAGACGCAGAGAAAAACUCCAGGCCCACUUGAAAGAGAGUUGCAGCCUCAAAAACUACAGCGGCAACGCCUCUGCUUUGGAGUCAUCCAAAUCGAGCCUGAGGCCUGACACGGGCCUGCAGCUGCAGAAUUAUUGUAAGAGGUCCUCCCAGCCACAUGAGGGAGCUGUUUGCAAGUCCAACUUUUCCCAGUGCAACGCCACUCCUACCGACGACUCCAGAGGUCCAGGCACAGGAAGACAUUACAGAAGCAGCUCCCUUUCUCAUAGUCCAGACCAGAUAAGUAAAGCCAUCCAUUGGUCAGUACCUCGUAAAACUCCGCCCAUACCCAGAGGAAGACGAAAUCCAAUUGGAGGAUCCAAACAUUCUGGCCCCGCCUACCAACACCUCCAGGAAUUGGAGUCAUCUGAGAGGGAGGUUGAAUUGUUGAAAGGGUACCAGAUUGUGAGGGCUGGGUGCGACCCGCGACAGGAUGCCUUUCUAAAUAUGCAACCCCCCAUGUUGAUUGAGCGGUCAUGGGAGAGCAGGGUGGAGGUGCGCUGCAGUCUUCUGGACCAGGGCCAGGACCAUGAUAUCUCCACUUCGACCAGGAACCUCAGGUGCCCCAGACAUCCCAGCCUCUCAUCACCUCCUCCAUUUCAGACCUGCUCCAUCCCCAUCAUCCCUUCGGUCCAGGGCAACCAGGAUGAGAUCUCCUGUUUGCAAACGGCCACCACAGGCUCAGCCACCUGCAGCGCCACGCCCAGUAUGGAAGUAGGAGGAGGAUGCUCCCUCAUCACGCUGCACCACGCCUCCACCUCCUGCUCCUCCUCUACGGGGGGCAAGCAGCAGAAUGAGAUGGCCCUUAUCCUGGAAGAGGCCCAGGAGAAUCUCAGGGCUCUGACUCUGGCCAACAGGAAGCAGGAAGAAAGCGGCAGCUUUUCCCCUUCACCGCCCAGAGAGACUGUGUGCUUCCUGACACUCAAUGGUGGAGGAGUGAGGGGUGUGAGCCCCAAUGGACCUAUUGAGACCCAGUUACUGAGCCCUAGAGAACCCAACACAGACUCAACUCAGCCCUGCCAAUGAGAUUGUCUAAGCCCUAACGUCCUGUCUGGAUCUACAGUAAAACCUCCCUGGUGUCUUGAAAUCCAGACUGCAUCAGAGGGAUGAGAUGAAACUCAAUAGUGAAAAAAUAUAAUGAAAAAAAACUAUGUGCAUACUGUAUGGAAGAAUGAACAGAGGGAUGGUCUAUGAAGUUAUGAAGAGAGCAAUUAUGUAUAUGCAUUUAUUUAAUGCUCCUUCUUAGACAAAAUAAACCAAAUAGUCUGUCAUCUCCAUGGUGUUUUUAAUUGUAAAAAAAUAUAUACAGUUGAAGUCAGAAGUUUACAUACACCUUAGCCAAGUACAUUUAAACUCUGUUUUUCGCAAUUCCUGACAUUUAAUCCUAUUAAACAUUCCCUAUUUUAGGUCAGUUAGGAUCACCACUUUAUUUUAAGAAUGUGAAAUGUCAGAAUAAUAGUGGAGAGAAUUAUUUAUUUAAGCUUUUAUGUUUUUCAUCACAUUCCCAGUGGGUCAGAAGUUUACAUACACUCAGUUAGUAUCUGGUAACAUUGCCUUUAAAUGGUUUAACUUGGGUAAAACGUUUAGGGUAGCCUUCCACAAGCUUCCCAAAAUAAGCUGGGUGAAUUUUGGCCCAUUCCUCCUGAUAGAGCUGGUGUAACUGAGUCAGGUUUGUAGGCCUCCUUGCUCACACACACAUUUUCAGUUUUGCCCAUAACUUUUCUAGAGGAUUGGGGUCAGGGCUUUGUGAUGGCCACUCCAAUACCUUGACUUUGAUGUCCUUAAGCCAGUUUGCCACAACUUUGUAAGUAUGGUUGGGAUCAUUGUCCAUUUGGAAGACCCAUUUGCGACCAAGCUUUAACUUCCUGACUGAUGUCUUGAGAUGUUGCUUCAAUAUAUCCACAUAUUUUUCCUUCCUCAUGAAACCAUCUAUUUUGUGAAGUAACAGCAAAGCACCCCCACAAUAUGAUGCUGCCACCCCCAUGCUUCACGGUUGGGAUGGUGUUCUUCGGCUUGCAAGCCUCCCCCUUUUUCCUCCAAACAUAACGAUGGUAAUUAUGGCCAAACAGUUCUAUUUUUGUUUCAUCAGACCAGAGGACAUUUCUCCAAAAGUACGAUCGUUGUCCCCAUGUGCAGUUGCAAACCAUAGUCUGGCUUUUUAUGGAGGUUUUGGAGCAUUGGCUUCUUCCUUGCUGAGCGGCCUUUCAGGUUAAGUCGAUAUAGGACUCGUUUUACUGUGGAUAUUAAUACGUUUGUACCUGUUUCCUCCCGCAUCUUCACAAGGUCCUUUGCUGUUGUUCUAAGAUUGAUUUGUACUUUUCACAACAAAGUACAUCCAUCUCUAGGAGACAGAACGCAUCUCUUUCCUGAGCGCUAUGACGGCUGCAUGGUCCCAUGGUGUUCAUAUUUGCGUACUAUUGUUUGUACAGAUGAACGUGGUAACUUCAGGCGUUUGGAAAUUGCUCCCAAGGAUGAACCAGACUUGUAGAGGUCAGAAAAAAAAAUCUGAGGUCUUGGCUGAUUUCUUUUGAUUUUGCCAUGAUGUUAAGCAAAGAGGCACUGAGUUUGAAGGUAGGCCUCUAAAUACAUCCACAGGUAUAUCUUCAAUUGACUCAAAUGAUGUCAAUUAGCCUAUCAGAAUUUUCUAUAGCCAUAACAUUAUUUUCUGGAAUUGUCCAAGCUGUUUAAAGGCAUUAGUCAACUUAGUGUAUGUAAACUUCUGACCCACUUUAAUUGUGAUACAGUGAAUUAUAUGUGAAAUAAUUUGUCUGUAAAAAAUGUUGGAAAGAUUACUUGUGUCAUGCACAAUGUAGAUGUCCUAACCGACUUGCCAAAACUAUAGUUUAUUAACAAGAAAUUUGUGGAGUGGUUGAAAAAUGAGUUUUAAUGACUCCAAUCUAAGUGUAUGUAAACUUCUGACUUCAACUGUAUAUAUACAGUACCUGUCAAAAGUUUGGACAAAGGUUUUUCUAAAUGUUUAUAAUUUUCUACAUUGUAGAAUAAUACUGAAUAUAUCAAAACUGUGAAAUAACACAUAUAGAAUCAUGUAAUAACCAUAUAAUAUAUUUUAUAUUUGAGAUUCUUCAAAGUAGCCACCCUUUGCCUUGAUGACAGCUUUGCACACUCUUGGCAUUCUCUCAAUCUUCUUCACCUGGGAUGCUUUUCCAACAGUCUUGAAGGAGUUCCCACAUAUGCUUAGUACUUGUUGGCUGUUUUUCCUUCACUCUGCAGUUCAACUCAUCCCAAACUAUCUCAAUUGGGUUGAGGUUGGGUGAUUGUGGAUUCCAGGUCAUCUGAUGCAUCACUCCGUCACUCUCCUUCUUGGUCAAAUAGCCUUUACACAGCGUGGAGGUGUGUUGGGUCAUUGUCCUGUUGAAAAACAAUUGAGAGUCCCACUAAGCGCUAACCAGAUGGGAUGACGUAUCGCUACAGAAUGCUGUGUUAGCCAUGCUGGUUAAGUGUGCCUUAAAUUCUAAAUAAAUCACAGACCUUGUCACCAGCAAAGCACCCCCACACCAUCACACAUCCUUCUCCAUGCUUCCCGGUGGGAAUCACACAUGUGGAGACAUCCGUUCACCUACUUUGUGUAUCACAAAGACACAGCGGUUUGAACCAAAAAUCUCAAAUUUGGACUCAUCAGACCAAAGAACAGAUUUCCACCGGUCUGAUAUCCAUUGUUUGUGUUUCUUGGCCCAAGCAAGUCUCUUAUUAUUAUUUGUGUCCUUUAGUAGUGGUUUCUUUGUAGCAAUUCGACAAUGAAGGCCUGAUUCACGUAUUCUCCUCUGAACAGUUGAUGUUGAGAUGUGUCUGUUACUUGAACUCUGUGAAGCAUUUAUUUUGGCUGCAAUUUAUGAGGCUGGUAACUCUAAUGAACUUAUCCUCUGCAGCAGAGGUAUCUCUGGAUCUUCCUUUCCUGUGGCGAUCAUCAUGAGAGCCAGCUUCAUCAUAGCACUUGAUAGUUUGUGCGACUGCACUUGAAGAAAAUGUCUGCAUUGACUGACAUUCUUAAAGUAAUGAUGGACUAUCAUUCCUCUUUGCUUAUUUCAGCUGUUCUUGACAUAAUAUGGACUUGGUCUUUUAUCAAAUAGGGCUAUCUUCUGUAUACCACCCCUACCUUGUCACAACAGAACUGAUUGGCUCAAACUCAUUAAGAAGGAAAGAAAUUCCACAAAUUAACUUUUAACAAGGCACACCAGUUAAUUGAAAUGCAUUCCAGGUGACUACCUCAUGAAGCUGGUUGAGGGAACGCCUAGAGUGUACAAAGCUGUCAUCAAGGCAAACAGUGGCUACUUUGAAGAAUCUCAAGUAUAAAAUAUAUUGUUUAACACUUUUUUUUGUUACAACAUGAUUCCAUAUGUGUUAUUUCAUAGUGUUGAUUUCUUCACUAUUAUUCCACAAUGUAGAAAAUAGUCAAAAUAAAGAAAAACCCUUGAAUGAGUAGGUGCUCUAAGACUUCUGACUGGUAGUGUAUAUAUAUAUAUAUAUAUAUAUAUAUAUGGUUACAAAUAUAUGGAAUUUAAAAGGUGACCAAGUUCAGUUGAGGAAUACAGGAAUGAUGUACCUUUUUCCUUUUUUUGUAAGAAUUCCUCCACAUUUUACAGGCUUUGAGCAAGGUUGUAUGUACCCCAUGCAGCCUUACCCCUCCAUUUUGCUACCUGUUGUGAACCGAAGAUGCUGAUAAACAUGGCUGCCAGAGCAACAGUGUCUACUCUAAAACAAACUCUCAACUACCAUUGUGAGUCUACCCAGCUAAGGAUUAUAACAGUCCUCCUUUGCCUUGGAUAUACCACAACAGUACGAUGAGGAACCAUUGCAGACUGAUAUAAAGAGACUUUUGCAGAUAACCUACUCCAGGUGUACCCAGUGUUAAUAAGACAAACCUGAUAGUAACACGGUUGGAUAGUUUGGUGUCUUAUUCCUUUUUUGUAUGUGAGUGGAUUUCCGUCUCUGCUGACCACGUCGUAUGUUUAGCAUGGGUGUUAUUUCCUCUGUUUAACCCCACACAACCCUGAGUACACACACAAACACAUUCCCUCACCACACAACAACAUGCACCAGAGUGUUGGGGGUACACAGCGAUGGAGGGACGGACCAAGGACAACACGCCAGAGGAAGUGGAGGAGUUUCUGUGUUUUCUUUUCAUAUUGUUCGUGAUGAACAAUCAGCUGCUUUCUGGGGGUAAGGGAAGACUGGGGAGGGGUGUUAAUGAAAAAUGUUUCUGUGCUACCUAUGGAGUGCGGACAUCAAUUCAAUUUUUUCAUUUACAAUCAAAUGUUUAAAAAAGAAUAAUGAUGGAGAUUCUGUAGCUGUUGAUUGUUUGAUUGUUUUCAAUGGUUCUACCCCCCCCUACCCUCCCCUCCCCAACCCAUGAAAUUGUGCAUGCAGAUACUAUUUGAUUUCAGAUUAACACCAAUAUUUUGUAGGGAGUUGCUGAUCUAGCUCACGAUGCUUGGAAUUUCACAUUCAAAUCAAAUAUGCCCUUAUCAGAGAGGUUUCUAAACAGGCCAUCGUUGUCCAGGGCUUUGGUAGAUGCAGGGUAGGGUUUCAUACAGCCAACAACCCUUAUAUACGUUUUUUAAAUGUUAUUUUAAAGUGAUAUUAUUGCUAGUGAUCUCCCAAAAUGAGGUCAAAGCGAGACAUAGCAGUAAUAAUAACCAUUGGAGGUUUACAGAGUGAUUGAUUUAUGAGAGUGAGAGUGAGUGAUUUAUGUGUAGGGCAUAUCCAUUUGAUGUUUAACAAACUGAACGUAAAUCAUGCUGCAUGAUGUACUUCAAGCAUUGGCGACCAACAGUCCCAUUUUGGUCAUCAGACAUCAAGUGGAAAUGUGCCAUUAUCUGUAAACCUCUAAAGCUUAUUACUUUACCUGCAACCAUUUGCAAUCCAUUUUCAAUGGUGGGUAUUGAAAUCAUACAUGCUCUAUUAUACAUCCAUCCUGCUUUCAUGAAAUCAUGACAACUAAUUUUAAAAGUCUGGCAUCUCUCGUUUCCACUCGAACAUCUGAACACUACAUUACAUGUGCCAAUAAUUGAACACUUGUCUGCUACACUCGACUUAUUUCCGUCAACUUUAAAUAAAAAGGACCAGCCAUAUGACCGCCUGUCUUGAAAUUAUAAAAAAAAACUCAUGGCCCUUUUCUGCAAAUGAUUCAAGACUAGGGUGAACACAUCAGGCUUUCUAUAUUAGAGUUCCUCACUUUUGAAGUUUCUCUAGACAUUUGUAUGUCGGUCAAUCUAUAUGUAUGCUUAUGCAUUUCUGGGUGUGUGUGUGUUUUUUCUUCUCCAAAUCAGAGUGCUUAUUGGUAUGCGUGUGUAAGUCUGUGUGUGUGUGUGUCUGUGUGCGCGUGCAUGGGUUUGUGUAUGCAUGACUCCUUGCUUGCAUUUGGUUAUAUGAGUUAAUACAGUGUAUACGUGGGUUCAUAGUGUAUGUUUAAGUAGUGGACAGUGGACAGACAGCAGUAAGAGAGAUUAGGUGUUGAUGGCAGGGUUAGACCAUACAGGCCAGACAGAUAAGAGUCUAGCUUGAUCCACAAAGACCUCUGACUGCCAAGGAAAGCAACCCCAUCAGAGCGUGGCUGUGUGAACUGCAUGCCUACCAGAGACUGGGAGGCCAAGUACACUGUCUACUAUCCCCACAAAUCGCUAGAGCAGUUUACAGCCAAUGCCAGUGAUGCAGAGCCUUUUAUCCCAUACCCUGAUAAAUGUGGUGGUGUAAUCUGAGUUUUUGUGAGAGUUCUCUGUGAAAAUAUACCUUAUCAGGUUUGUUCUUCUGAGACAAAUCCAGGUUGGGGUGAGGUCCAAGGUGCAAUCUCACAGCAGGAGAAUUAUUGAUCAUUGCUCAUUUCCAUUUCAAAAGGCCUGUGUUUCAUACUCUAAAGUUUGUUCAGUGCUGUGCAGUGAGGCAUAUAGAAAAAUGAAUCCUUUGUGAAGAUUCUGAGCCAGUGGAUGGGUAAACCUUUGUGUAAAGCUGAUCUGCCUUCCAAAAAAGACUGACGGCGAAAAGAAAGAAACAAUCCACUAUGGCUGUACUUUUACCUAUUGAGUGUGUGUUUGCAUCUCAUUUGAUAAAGCAUGUGUGCAUGAGUCUGUGUACUGUAUGUGUGUGUGAGUGUGCGUGUGUGCGUGAAUGUGUGAGUGAGUGUGAAAUGCAUUAGUAAUGUUCGUCAGGCUCAGUGUGCCAAUGUAUGCAUUACUGGUGCUGGAGCUCAUCUUCAGUCACAGGAUGUUCUGAUUACUCAAGUAUUCAUUCAGAAAUAUCUAGGUCACAUAUUGCAUUGACUGUUGCACUCAAAUAUUAAGGUUUAGAGGUGAUCAAAUCGUAAAAGUGUUACAAUAACCAAUCAACAAAACUAUUACAUACAUUCUAAUGAAAAUAAUCAGGGCAGAGAUAGAUUUGAGAUAAGCAUGGGAUUAUAGCUAGAUGGAUUUCUAAUGUAAAAUAUUUGAUAACCUUGGUUUCAGCCAAGUGUCCCUAAAAUAAUAUUAUAGUAAUUGAACCGACAGCCUUUUCAUUGUUCUAAGUAUGUGACAAGUGGUUGUUACAUAGUUGUUAUACAAUGAUUACAUACAAUUGACAUGCAGUUACAUGAUGAUUUAGCAUCCGGACAUAAAGUGUGAACUAAGGUUGUUUUGACCCACUGUUGCCUCAAUGUCGUUCUAUGACAGGCUGGUCAGACAACUAUAUGGAUUAGGCUAUAUUUACAUUAUCCUUUAGCUUCAUAUCAUGUCACUGCCAAUGGUCAUGUUUGAAAUAAGAAUGGGUCUAAAAUGGGUCUUGAAAUCCACGUUUUUAACUCGAGAGAUGUUCCAUGCGCUUGUGUGUGUUAACUUGAUCCUGGCUAAUUUAAAACAUAUUCCAGUUGUGAUAUGAAAAACAGUCAUAUUUUUGUUCAUGGUAGUGAAAAACCUUAUUUCAGUGAUACCCCUAAAAAAAUGAUAUAAUGGAUUUUUUGUUUUAGUUUUUUGUUUAUCUUUUUAUUAUGUUUUUCAAUAAAAUUGAGUCUUCAGUGUU